CCUGCGUCGCAGCGGCUCUUCGCCCUCGAAGAACGACAUCUUAAACUGUAGAAGAGGAAGGGGAAAAGAUGGGCCAUUGGGAGCGUCUCCCUGAAAAGAGCCAGCCCAGCCCAGCCCUGCCUCUUUGCUACUUAGGGAGGAAUUCUGCCUCGGAAGGGUUCUGGCAUCGGUGAUGAGCAAUGGGGUAUGAUGUAGCACGUUUUCAGGGGGAUGUUGAUGAAGACCUUAUAUGCCCCAUCUGCAGCGGGGUCCUGGAGGAGCCGGUUCAGGCUCCUCACUGCGAGCACGCCUUCUGCAAUGCCUGCAUCACCCAGUGGUUCUCCCAGCAGCAGACGUGCCCCGUGGACCGCAGCGUCGUGACGGUUGCCCACCUCCGCCCCGUCCCGCGGAUCAUGCGUAAUAUGCUCUCGAAGCUGCAGAUCACUUGCGACAACGCUGUUUUCGGCUGUACGGCAGUUGUGCGACUUGACAACCUGAUGUCUCACCUCAAUGACUGCGAGCACAAUCCAAAGCGCCCGGUGACUUGCGAGCAGGGAUGCGGCUUGGAAAUGCCCAAAGAUGAGCUGCCAAACCACAACUGCAUCAAGCACUUGAGGUCUGUGGUGCAACAGCAGCAGACGAGAAUCGCUGAGCUGGAGAAGACCUCAGCAGAGCACAAGCACCAGCUGGCCGAGCAGAAACGGGACAUUCAGUUGCUGAAGGCCUACAUGCGCGCCAUCCGCAGCGUCAACCCCAACCUGCAGAACCUGGAGGAGACCAUCGAGUACAAUGAAAUCCUGGAGUGGGUGAACUCCCUGCAGCCGGCCCGCGUGACGCGGUGGGGUGGAAUGAUCUCCACGCCGGACGCGGUGCUGCAGGCCGUCAUCAAGCGCUCGCUGGUGGAGAGCGACUAUGUGGCCAAGCGCAUCCCCGGCAAGCAGGCCGUGGUGGUGAUGGCCUGCGAAAACCAGCACAUGGGCGAGGACAUGGUGCUAGAGCCGGGACUGGUGAUGAUAUUUGCACACGGAGUGGAGGAAAUCUAA